AUGCGAUUGCUCAACAUCCGUACUUUUCGUCUCGAGAGCUUCAACAGCGCCGAGAUCGAUAUCCCUCAAUAUGCCAUCUUGUCGCACACUUGGGGAGACGACGAGAUCACAUUCCAGGACAUCACACAGCAAUCUCUCGUUCAACUGAAGACUCGCAAGUCUUUCUCCAAGAUUCAGGGUUGCUGUACGCAAGCUCGACGCGAUGCACUCGGCUAUGUCUGGAUCGAUACCUGCUGUAUUGACAAGAGCAGCAGCGCAGAGUUGUCCGAGGCUAUCAACUCCAUGUUCAAGUGGUAUCAACAGGCUAUGUUGUGCUAUGUGUUUCUGAAUGACUUUUCUUCUGCACUGUCGUACAAAUCUAUACCCACGCGUCGGGGUGAAGCGAUCUCUCUGGAGGCUACAGAUACUUCCUUCUUCAAGUGUCGCUGGUUCACAAGAGGAUGGACGUUGCAGGAGUUGAUAGCGCCGCGCCAUGUUGACUUCUUCAAUUAUAACUGGGUCAGAUUUGGUUCAAGAGAUAGCGAGCUACUUGACCGUAUCUGUCAGAGAACGGGUGUUUGGCCUCAACUGUUUGAUGAGCCUCGAUGUGACUGCACCAAGCAUUAUGUGCGCUCCCCGAUACGCGAUGGCAUCUGCCAGGAAUGCUAUAGACUGGACACACUUCCCGAGACUCUCGAUUCAUUCGCCGUCUCCAUAAAGAUGAGUUGGGCCUCAUCCCGUGUCACAACGCGCAAAGAAGAUGCUGCUUACUGCCUACUGGGACUAUUCAACUUGAACAUGCCGAUGCUCUAUGGAGAAGGGGACAAGGCCUUUUCGCGCCUACAGCAAGCAAUAAUCCGACAAUCUAAAGAUCAAUCUCUCCUGUUAUGGCGUACUGGACCCUCUGAUACACCUCAAAGGCAAUCUCCUGGCUGUUUGGCACCUUCACCUGGACUGUUCAAAAAGCCUGUCCGUAUCAUCGGGCGUCGAGUUUUCAACAGAGUUGACAGGCGAUACGAGGCUGACUUCAUGGGAAAUAUGGCACCCAUGGAGUUGACAGAUACUGCCAUAAAUACAAGCUUGUGGAUUUGCCCGUGCACUGUUGACCAUUCCCGAAAGCUUUGGUUAGGUAUACUGGAUCUUGCAUACGAUGACGAUUAUCUUGUUCGACCGGCAAUAUUGCUCGAGCAUAUGGGUGUGGUCGAUCUGUAUCGACGAGUGUACCCUCAGUGGAUAAUUCCUGUGAAUCCAAGACAAAGCUAUAGAACUCUUCAACUUUCUCUUGACCAUGACCUCUCAAGCAUCAAUCGUCACCUAGGAAGCACCACAUCAGCCCCUGGUGACAUUGUGAUUACUUUGUCUCUCGAUGAAGCCAUCAAGAAGGACAUCGGUAUCCUACAACAGCCGAGUCCCCUCAACGCAAUGAGUCUGAACCUCUCACUCGGAGAGGGGCCAAAGACUGGGCCAGUAUACUUCCUUGCUACCUCCAACAAACUACAUUAUACUCUGGGCAGUGGUGGGAGUCAUCCACCAUUCGAUAUAUAUGCCUCCCGUGCAACACAGAUCCCCUCUCCAUGGGCGUUCAAGAUGUGCCAGCAUCAAGGUGUCGAGCGAUAUUUCGGGGGCAUCCAUUUUGUCGACUUUACAAUCGACGCGACUGACACAGCAGGAUCCUUAUACUCCGAGUUCGGCUCGACUUAUAGUCAUUUAGUCACACGUGGCUAUGUAGCUAUAAUAUGGGGCAUGCAUCGUGAACUUCCCCACAGCGACGAAGAAGACUCCCCAUGGAGUCUCUGGUGUCGGGCCUUCGAUAUGUACGACUUUAUCAACUAUGCUCGGACAUCGCCCGAAGACCUGCAGCCUUCCCAACUUUAUCUCGGGGAUGAAGCUCUUAGUCCGGCUGAGAUACAACAACGGAUGGAGAGUCAGCGACAGCGACUUUGCCUUGAGACUUUUGAGAAGUCCACGAUCCCUCAGGGAACACGUGGCAAGGCUCUGUUUCCCAACUCGUGUGCAGAGGACUGGUCAAGGGACUUUAUGGGAGACAUUACGGAUGAUCCGGUGAUGAGUACCCAGUUGUCAGUGACUGUAGCUAUGGUGGAAGGAUUGGGUCGGAGGGUGUUUGAGUUACAUGUUAAAAUCGACCCAGCAAAGAGAUAA